GUAGCGCGCGAUGUGGCUGCGCGGUCGGACCGAGUGGGGUGAUCACAGAGGACUAGGAGGCUGCCGCCUGUUUUGUGCUUUGGAUCUGCGUACGCGGCAGCCGAGGUAAAGGAAUCUGCUCACUUCUUCCGCGUGGCGGUGGGUUUGUGUGUUUGUCCGUCCCGCAAACACCUGACUCAAAAAGGAAGCUUUAUAUGUAUUGCUAAUCCUUGGUUUUAGAAGGCUGCCUUGCGCUGGGAUUUGUGGUUUUCCAGGCGUGACUGUCCAUGCCUGCCUGUUAUUAUUGUCAUCUUCCAGAGAGGGGGGAGCGACUAAGUCUCGGGCUAAGCGAUCCUGUGAAGGGCUGCAGCUCAGGGGGAGAGCACCGGUCUUGCAAGCAGAGGGCCUCGGGUUCAAUUCUUCUCCCGGCAGGGCUAGGCGAGACUUCUGCCUUAAGCCCUGCAAGGCUGCUGCCAGUCCGAGUUGGCAAGGUGGACCAGUGGCCUGACUCUCUGCAAGGCAGAGUGUUCCUAAUCACUUCUCCAGAUAGCGAGCCUCUCUCUCCCCCUGCCUAGCCCUUUCCCACCUGCAAUUGUGAUUAUUGGCCUACACUGCAAGGCUGUAGAGUUUACCCGCUGAAAUGCCGUCUAGGUUGGCUUGCAUUGCAAGAUGCCUGGCAGGACUUCUCUCUCUCUGCCACUCUGGAGAGCAUAGCUGUCAACUUCCCCCUUUUCUUGCAAGGAAUCCUAUUAGGAAUAAGGGAAUUUCCCUUAAGAAACGGAAGCGUUGACAGCUAUGCUGGAGAGUGACAUUGCUUUUCAUGGGGAGUGUUUUAUGCGUUGAGAUACGGCACCCUUCUGUCUCUGGAGAUAAUGGCUUUGGGGGGAAGUCAAAUCAUUGGAGAGCUACAGCUCUUGCUGUGACUGCAGAGACUGAUAUGAGACAUGUUUUAUUGCAAAUGGGCAAAUAAAGACGUCCGGUUGUGCUGCUGCAGAUGCGCCACGGCGUUUUCUUCUCUCUGCUCUCCUCCCAGCAGUUCCUCCUCUGGUCACUGCUGUGGUUACAAGACCUGAAUGUCCGUCUCCAGCUGCUGCCGUCUGCAAGGGAUUCCUACACAGCUGGGUUGAUGUUGUCAGCCUUCAGUCGCAGUUGCAGACAUCUUUUGUAGUGCAAAGCUGGUCUGCCAACGGGUCAGGCACCUGAAGCCAACUCCUUGUAAAGCGCCUCCUUGGAGAUCCAUCUUCCAUUCUGUGUGCAUGACCGAGAUCGGCAGAGACAUCUCUGAGACAGGAGUGCAAACAUGCUGGGAAUGUGUGCUUGGGAGAGGACGUCUUUGUUUGAGAAUCUGUCCUGCCCAAAAUCUUCCCGAUGCAGAGCAUAUGGAAGGCAUUGAGGUGUCUGUCGCUCCUGGCAGGUGCCCACAAUUCACUUCCAUAAAGCAGCAUGCUUGGUGUGUAGGCUUGGCAUUGGCCAUUAUUAGCAUCCCCUUCUCCCAUACCCUUUUGGAGAGGGGAGCCAUUGCCGUAGCUGCCUUGCCCAAUAUGCUUGUCCAGCACAGCGUUGUUGGAAAGGUUGCUGGUUACAAAGGAGCCCAGGUAGACAAAACUGGCUACCACCUCAAGUGUGUGGUCACCAGGGCUGAUGUGUGGAGUGCCGGCGACGUCCUGACAGGGGAUGUUGGCCUUCGUCAGGCAGAUAGUGAGGCUGAACUCCAUGCAGGAUUGGGCAAAAUAGUUGAUGAGACUCUAGAGCUUUCUCAGAGUGCGCUGUCAAGGCUGCGUCAUGUGCAAACAUCUUUUGGGGUGGAGAUGUGCCGGGCUCAACAGCCCCCCCCCCCCGUUGCUCUUUGAAUGGAACUAUGUACAGUGGUACCUCGGGUUAAGUACUUAAUUCGUUCUGGAGGUCCGUUCUUAACCUGAAACUGUUCUUAACCUGAAGCACCACUUUAGCUAAUGGGGCCUCCUGCUGCUGCCGCACCGUCGGAGCACGAUUUCUCUUCUCAUCCUGAAGCAAAGUUCUUAACCUGAAGCACUAUUUCUGGGUUAGCGGAGUCUGUAACCUGAAGCGUAUGUAACCCGAAGCGUUUGUAACCCGAGGUACCACUGUACUGUCUUCUGUCACCCUGAAGACACAGGAGAGCAACAGGAAUAAAAAUAUGCCAAAGAGAUUUGGAACGAGAACACGGCCCUGUUUCAGUAACUGCUACGAAGCUCAGUUGUGUGUGAUAUAAUGGUGCCUCUGAGCACAUGCAGAGUACCUUCCCUCACCAGCCAGUUAAUCUAAAACCAGCCCCUGUAUAUCUGAUAAAUAACAGCAGGGGGUUCUGAGGCAGUGAGCUCCCCUGGAUUUCUGCCCAUUACACACACAUUACACAAACUAGUCAUGGGCUAAUGGCUGAUAUAUCAUUAACCCAUGACUGCUUUUUACCAGCAGUGACUCCUGGGUGUGCUUGCUUUUACUGGCUGUGUAAUGGGCAGAAAUCCAGGAGGUAAAAGAGGACCUUUUUCUGGAGUUAAAGUGUGUUUUGUAAUGAAUGUGUGUUCACUCUUACGUUCACGAGAAGUUCACAUGCAAAAGGAAUAAAGAAAGGUUGGUUUAGUACAUGAAAUGAAAGUGACGGUGUGUCUGGAUGCUGAUUCAGACGGCCAAGUUACAAUACAAGCAGGCAUCAACUUGUACAGUAAAUGCACAUCUUGAGUGAAAAGAGGAUCCUUAAGUAUUCCAAAAGAGAAAAUGAGUGACAGGACUCAAAAGUAAAGCAAGAAAGAGAAGAGGGAGGGCAUAUCUGUCCUGAGGCGAAGGACUUUUUUAAAAUGACCUUGGCUUUCAAUAAAGCCUCACUUACACCAUAUAUUUAAAGCAUUUUAAACUCUCAUUGCUUCCUCCAAAAGAUCCUGGGAGCUGUAGCUUCUUAAGGGUGAUGAGAGUAGUUAGGAAUUCCCCAUCACCACCACAGAUUCUCCAGCCAGAGCUAAAAUUCCCAGAGUAGUUAACAACCAGUCCUCCUUCACAGGAAAUGGUUGCAAGCACAAACUGUUGGAGCUUUGGUGAGGGGGUGAUUGGCCAGUGACUGCGGUGUCACAAACACACCACUUCCCCCCGACCUUCUUGGUGCAGACUUUGCAAUUCUUCUUUAAAAUGUUUUGUGGGCUUAAGGAAUAAAAUAAAGUGGGUUUUUGAUAAAAAUCAUUAUAAAUAAGCAAAUGUAUAUGCUGCCUUUUAAAAAAGGGUUUAAAAAAGCAAGACCGAUGCAUGAAAUGGUGUUAGAUAUGCUGGUCUGUGUGCCUCUGUCUUUGCAGUUGAGCAUCCUGGCAAGCUGCAUGCUAGCACCACAGCUUGGAGCCCUCACUCUAGGGUGCAUUUGCUUUUAUCCACCAUGUGCCAUCCCAUUUGACACUGCUUAGCUGGAGCAGACCAAAGGUCCAUUCUUGUCUCUAGCUGGAGGCUGAGUCAGUUCACAGAAUAAACAAGAAGAAAGCAGUGCCCUUAAGAACUCAGUUUUAAAAAAACAAAAACAAAAUUGAUGUUUAAUUUCAUGUAACUAAACAUACCCACGCAAGGAAUACAGAGUUUAGUAGUUGUUAAGAAAACAACAAAAAAUGGAGGCUGUUAGUUGUCGUUUUAGACGUUCCAAGAAAGGCAAUCGAAUGAAAGUGUAUAACAAAGUUAUGCCAAGCUUCUGGAAUUUGGCUUCUAUUCUGUAUGUCUAAGGAAUUAGUUUUAGUUCAUUUUGUGUGUACGGCAUUGCUGGUAAACUUACGAGUCCCCCCUCUUCUUUCACAGCAAAAUUGGUGAUAUUCCAAUGAAAGGGGGGAAAGUAAGGAAAUUUGCCUGGUUUUUUUAAUCCCCUCUCCUUUGAGGGAACAAAAACCAACUAAUUUAAUGGGCGAUCUUAUCACUAGACUCCCCAGCUGCUCUCCACGAAAUGGAAGGGUGGUAGUUUAUAGGAAGGGCCUUGUCUGAUUUGCACAUCAAGGAACUUCUGAUCAGCUUCCAAUGAGCUCUCUGGCUUUCCCAAGACACAGUUUGAAACUCAGUAAAGCAUGAGACUGUUCUGUUUUAAAUCUGGAAGCAAUGGAUAGCUGGACGGCUACUGCUAGACCAAAACAUUUAAUGGGCUGGGAUCAAUUUGACUUUACCCAGCACUAAUGUAUGAGUAUCAUCCACUCCAGUGGGUGAAGGCAGCCUUCAACUGUUACCGGAAAAAUCCGAGGGCUCCCUUGGACAAAAAGUAAAGACACCAACCAGAGUAAAUUGGAGCAAAUCAGCAGCCUGUAGGCUUGGCCUUUAUUGAACUGUUGCAACAGGGUGCUCCCCUCACUUGCAGGAGAGAGGAAAAGACAGAGAAAAAUGGUGUGCAAGACCUUAUAAAAACUUUUGAAAUUCCCACCCUGUAGAUCAAGCCCACCCCCAGAAACAUUCAUACAUCACAGAAAGGAGGGGUUGAGGGAGGGGGGGUGGUGGUAACCUGAGUGUCCUGUCACCUGGCUGGUUCCCUUCUCCCCUUCCCCAUGAGUCAUUUUCAGAAGACAAAAGGUAGUUGCAGUUUCCUGCCCCCUGAGGGGGAAUCCAAUCACUGUUCUUUUGUUAUAGUCCGUGUUGAAUCCACUCGUGUGUAUGCAGUCAGUUGUGUUGUUGAUGGUCUUCUGUCUGAGACCAUCAGGGUUGGCAUAGCAACUGGGCAGGGCUCCUGUGGAUGUGCUGCUAUGCUCAAGGGAUUAUGGUGGCCUGUAUCAAACCUUUCCCCAUUUUGUAGUCCUUCCUUCAUGGAGUAAAAUAAAAGUGGAACAGUGCAAAUCCGAUGUAUGGUUGAUUUUCUAUGAAUUUAUAACAGAAGUGUAGUGUAUGUAGUGUGUGAGUGUGAGUGUGUGUGAAGUUUGUACAAACGGAAUGAUUGGGGGGGGGUUCCUGCUACACCCCGUACCUGCCGUCCUUCAGAAGUUUUGGAUUCCCAGCUGUCAUUAGCCCUAACCAGUAUGGACAGUGGUCAGGGAUGAUGGGAGCUGUAGCAUAACAAUAUCUGUGAGGCACUAGUUUCAGGAAGGCUGUGUUAAGGGAGACAGCUGCUUUGUUACUUCCAGGAAUUAAAUUUAAUUCAGUGUGGGGGGAAUUAAAGAGUGUGUUAGCAAAAUAGAGAAGAGUUUUGAUUUACUGUCUUGGUUUUCAUUUUCCUUCUCCACUCAGGUUGACAGUAAAGAUGUGAAGUGGCAUGGAACUGCCGCUCAUCACCGUCCUGGCGUUGCAUUUGGCGAUCCUGGCUCAUGCGAAACCUCCCAAGGCAUCUCUUUGCCAGAUCUCCCUCAAGGCGGCUACUUGCCGAGGUCAGAACCUGCUCCGAGUCCCUAGGGAUCUCCCAGGCACUCUGGAAUCAUUGGACCUAUCUUACAAUAAGAUUCAGCAGGUCACCCGCGGGGAUUUCUCCGCCUUGACUCAGCUGAAAAGCCUCAAUCUGGAUUUCAACAACAUCAUGUCUAUCGCUGACGAUUCCUUCGCCUCCAACGUGCUCUUGGAGCAGCUCAAACUCUUCAACAACUCGCUGAGGGAGAUCCCGUCUCAGGCGCUGAAACCGCUGAGGAAUCUGAAGGUGCUGGAAAUGUCAAACAACUUUUAUCCCCGCUCGGCGUUGGACGGCGUGUUCGGCACUUUGAAAAACCUUGAAACCCUCUCCAUGGGGGGCUCUGCUGUCCACAUGGUGGGAAGCCAGGACUUCCUUCCUCUGAAAGACACCCCGUUGAAAAAGUUUGCUCUGAAAACGGCAGCCAGUUUGCAGGAGUAUCAACAGGGGGCCUUUUCCAAACUCAACACCACCGACUUGUGGUGCGACAUGUCGCUGGACGGACACACAGAGGUCUUGCCGCUGCUGCUGCGGGACUUGAGGGGAAGGCCUCUGCGAUACCUCCAUUUCCGCAACCUCUUUGAGUUCACGUACUACACAGGCUCUACAGACCUCUUCCACGACUUGGCUGGGGUGGAGGCCACAGAGCUGGUCUUCCGCCGGGGGAAAUUCAACGAGAACCUGCUGCGUCUGAUCCUGCUGAACGUCCGGAGGUCUCGUGUGCAAGACCUGUCCUUCAUAGCUAUCGAUUUUGCGCGGUCGCCCAAGUGGAAGGCGCCGGAAGUUGGCAUGGCCAACCUCACCCUGCGGCGGUUGGUUCUGGCGGACAUCAGCAACCCGGACGUCCUGCGUUUCGACUGGACCUUCAUGUGGUUUGCGGGCGUGACGUACCUCUCCAUCAUCAACGUCAACUUCAACAUGGUGCCUUGCGACGCCUGGAAGGAGAUGAGGAACGUGGUGGCUUUGAACGUCUCCAACAACCGCUUGCAAGAUGGCUACGUCUACAACGAGGCCUGCCAGUACCAGGGCACUCUGCCCAAGCUGGAACAGCUUGACCUCAGCUACAACUUACUAGUCCACCUGAGCACUCUUGCAAAGUUGACCUUCAGUUGGUCCCGACUCGCCAAACUAGACCUGACCCACAAUCACAUUGGGGGCUCAGGUCUGUCCCCCUGUACAUGGACUCCCAGUCUGGUUUGGCUGGCCCUCCCUUACAAUGCAGUUACCACGGAAAUCUUCCAGUGUCUCCCCACUACUUUGCGCUUUCUGGACUUAUCGUAUUCCCAGCUGGAACGGCUAGAUAUGGGCUACUUCGAGGUCGCUGUUGACCUCCAGGAGCUACUGCUGAGUGGGAACAAGAUCAAAUUCAUCCCUACAGAGUGGAGAUGCCCAAACUUGAGGGUUCUGGAGUUGGAUGGCAACUCUUUUGGCGUCAUCAACAAAGGAUCCUUUGUCAACAUGCCUCGUCUUGCUCAACUGAAGGCGGGCAACAACCCUUAUCACUGCAUCUGUGAUCUCUACAGCUUUGUUCAAGAGACACUGAGGAACGGAAAACUCAGGCUGCUGGACUGGCCGGCUGGAUGGACCUGUUACCACCCUGAAUUCUUGUUGGACACUGCGGUGGCGGCUUACGUCCCGAGGGUGACAGAGUGUGACGUCACAGUGGUGGUGGCCAUUGCAGUCUCCAUCACAGCUGCGGUGCUGAUUGCCUGCAUGGUUCUGUGCUGGAGGUUUGAUGUUCCGUGGUAUCUCAAGGCCACGUUCCUGAUCGUCCGCUCCAAGUACCGAGCCGGCCGCUCCCAGCUGUCGCGGCAGUUUGCCUACCAUGCCUUCAUUUCCUACAGCUGCUCCGACGCCGAAUGGGUGAGGCGAGAGCUCCUGCAGAGGCUGGAGGCUUCCCGCCCGCCGUACCGCGUCUGCAUCCACGAGCGCGACUUCACGCCGGGGCGAUGGAUCAUCGACAACAUCAUCGACAACAUCGAGAACAGCCGCAAGGUCAUCUUCGUCCUCUCGCGCAGCUUUGUUGACAGCGACUGGUGCAAUUAUGAGCUCUACUUUGCCCACCAGCGGGCCGUGGGCCUUAGCUUCGAGGACGUCGUGCUGGUGGUGAAGGAAGCCAUUGACCUGCAGGCGUUGCCCAACAAAUUCUGCAGGUUACGGAAGAUGCUGAGCACAAAGACUUACCUGGAGUGGCCUUCAGAUCACAACCGGCAGGCCUUCUUCUGGGUCCAGUUGACAUCUGUGCUGGGUAAAGCCGAGCCAGUCAACUCAGACCCAAGUAAUGACCUGACUGAUGUGAAUGGGGCAGUUGACAGUCCUCUUGAGAUGGGUCCUAUAGCUGAAGAAAACUGUAUUGGAUGUAGCUGAGUUAGGCAAGGAUUAACUCAAGCCAAGUCUCAACCACUAGACUUAUUGUUCGGUCAUCUAUGUCUGACUUAGAAGUGUUGAGGUCAAUGCAAUAAGAUGCUUCUGGUGUGGAGGUGGGGGGAGGAAAGUGAUGGAGCCUAGGAAUUGGGCUUCCUCUUGGUCCAACUAGCCACCGCUGACCACUGACUGGCUCUCCUGGCAGAGAGGGAGCUGCUUUACUCAUUGCCUGCGAGUAAACCAAUAUCUUAAGUGGCGAUGCGAAGGACUGAACCAGAGACCUUCUGCCUGCAGUGCAUGUGCGUGACCACUGGGUGGUGCUUCCUUCCCAGUUAAGCUGACUCUUGGUGUAAAUGACAAAAUAGGAUUAUGCACAAGAAGCUGCCUUAUACUGAGUCAGGCCAUUGGUUCAUCCAGUUCAGUAUUGUCCACACUGGUUGGCAGAGACGGGUCUCCAGAGUUUCAGACAGGGGCAUUCCCAGCUCUGCCUGGAGAGGUGAGGGAUUGAACCUGGGACCUUUUGCUCUGCCGGCUGAGCUAGAACUUUCCUCCUAAAACUAAAUGCAAGAUUCUAGUCCUCACUGGAUUGAUUUAAAUAAGAACAGAAGGAGCUGCCUUAUAUUGAGCCAGACCAGUGUUCCUUUGACUCAGUAUUGUCUACACUGAUCGGCGGCAGCUGUCCCAAGGUUUCAGGCAGGAGUCUCUCACAGCCCCACCUGGAGAUGCCUUCAGGGAUGGAACCUGGGGCCUUCUGCAUGCAAGGCAGGUGUUCUGCCACUCGGUUUAUGGCUCUUCCCCUAACCCUUGGGAGAUAAGUUUUCUACUGCAUUUAAAAGGAGGAAAAGAUGGAGGGAUUCCCUUUAGAAAUGUUGCUUUAAAGGAGAAUAGCCUGGUUUAUGAGGGAUGUUGAAGGAAGCUAGUUCUGAAAAGUAUCAAGACUCAGGAGGGGCAGGAUUGACCCCCCAGGAUCAAGGUAGGUGGGUUGUCAAGGUAGCAGUGAUUCACCCUCCUUUGACAUUUCAUGCUCAAAAGUCUCCAGCUAGUGUUCUAUUUGUGUGGCAUUUGUUUUUGUGUUAUAUAUAUCUUAUUUUUUUAAAAUAAACCAAGUUUGCUCCA